AUGCUGGGCUCCAUCGUCUCUCUCCCGCUCCUUGCGGCCACUGCGCUCGCUUAUCCCGCCGCUUCUUCCCAGCGAUUCGACUAUGUCAUUAUCGGUGGUGGUACCAGCGGUCUCGUCGUUGCCAACCGUCUGUCCGAGUUGAAGAACGUCACUAUUGCCGUCAUCGAGGCUGGUGACUCUGUCUACGACAACGCCAACGUUACCGAUCUGGGUGGCUACGGCAACGCUUUCGGUACCAACAUCGACUACGCCUACCAGACUACUCCCCAGAAGUAUGGCGGCAACAAGACCCAGACCCUCCGCGCCGGCAAAGCCCUCGGCGGUACUAGCACCAUCAAUGGUAUGGCCUACACCCGUGCCCAGGAUGUCCAGAUUGACAUCUGGGAGCGCCUCGGAAACGAGGGCUGGAACUGGGAGAACUUGCUGAAGUACUACAAGAAGUCCGAGACCCUCCAGCCCCCUUCUGCCGCUCAGGUUGCCGACGGUGUCACCUACGUGCCUGAGCAGCACGGUUCCGAUGGCCCUCUCAAGGUCGGCUGGAAGCCUGGUAUGGUCGACAUGUCCUUCGUCGAAGUCCUGAACCAGACCUACGGCGCUGUCGGUGUUCCUGCUCUCCAGGACAUUGCCGGUGGCGACAUGGUCGGCUGGAACAUCUACCCCGCCACCGUCGACACUGCUCUGCAGGUUCGCGAGGAUGCCGCCCGCGCCUACUACUUCCCCUACCAGAACCGCACCAACUUCCGCGUCUUCCUCAACACCGAGGCCCAGAAGCUGGUUUGGUCCAACAGCACUGGAGCUGAUGCUACUGCUUCCGGUGUUCUCGUCAAGGACAAGACUGGCGCCACCCGCACCAUCUUCGCCAACAAGGAGAUCAUCCUCUCCGCCGGUUCUCUCCGCUCUCCUCUCCUCCUCGAGCAGUCCGGUGUUGGUAACUCGGAGAUUCUCAAGGCUGCUGGCAUCCAGACCAAGGUCGAGCUCCCCACUGUUGGUGAGAACCUCCAGGACCAGAUGAACAACGGCCUGGCUCAGACUAGCUCCAAGAACUUCACCGGCGUCACUACCUUCGUCGCUUACCCCAACGUCGAGGACGUUUUCGCCAACCAGACCGCUUCUCUUGCUGCCGACAUCAAGAAGCAGCUGUCUCAGUGGGCUGCCCAGGUCUCCGAGUACACCAACGGCGUCGUCACCAAGGAGCAGCUCGACAAGUUCUUCGACAUCCAGUACGACCUGAUCUUCACCGACAAGGUUCCCCUCGCCGAGAUUCUCAUCACUCCCGCCGGAUCUUCCUUCUCUACUGAGUACUGGGCUCUCCUUCCCUUCGCUCGCGGCAACAUCCACGUCACCAGCGCCGGCUCUUCCGCUUCCAAGAUCAACCCCAACUACUUCAUGAUGGACUGGGACAUGACCGAGCAGAUCGGCACUGCCAAGUUCAUCCGUCAGCUCUACAAGACCGCUCCUCUGAGCCAGUACUUCGCCAGCGAGACCAAGCCUGGUCUUGCCGCCAUCCCCGAGGACGCUUCCGACGCCGUCUGGUCCAAGUGGGUUCUUGACAACUACCGUUCCAACUUCCACCCCGUUGGUACUACUGCCAUGAUGUCCAAGGAGCUUGGAGGUGUUGUUGAUGCCAACCUCAAGGUCUACGGUACUACCAACGUCCGUGUCGUUGAUGCUGGUAUCCUUCCCUUCCAGGUCUGCGGUCACCUUGUGUCCACUCUCUACGCCAUUGCCGAGAAGGCCUCCGACAUCAUCAAGGCUUCCGCCUAG